AUGGCCGAGGAGCAGAUGGAAGAGGAUGAGCUGGUGGGAAUGGGGCUUCGGGUUUCUCUCUCCCCAACACAGACAACCAUCUACAUCAUCCUGGUGAUUAUGGGUAUUCUGGGAAACGCCACGGUGGUGGGAGUGAUCGGGAAAAGUGUUAUAAUGGGUCGAGGCGGUGGUCGCAACUCAGAUAUAAUCCUCAUUAACAUGUCCCUGUCCAACCUGCUGGUGUCCGUGAUGAGGAACAUACUGCUGAUCCUCUCCGACGUCGGGCUUGAGCUGUAUUUAUCGAAAGAGUGGUGCCAGAUCAUGAUGGGUGUGUGGGUGUGGCUGCGCUCGGUGAACGUGUGGUCCACCCUGUUCCUCAGUGCGUUUCACCUUCAGACUCUCAGACGCGUGGCUCCUGUUAUGGGCAACAUGAGCGGAUUCCACGGACCCCCCAAGACUCUGCUGCUCUCCAUAGGCUUCAUCUGGAUCUUCAACUACAUUUACAGCAUCCCUGCCCACAUCUUCUCCAUCAACGGAGGCAUCAACAGCACUGAGACUCUGAUGUUGGUGAGCACCACAACACGCCCCCUGCUGGGCUGUAUUUGGAACUUCCCUUCCAGAUUGAGUGGCCUCUCAUAUGCUACCACCUCCAUGGUCAUCCACGAAAUCAUUCCCAUUAUUCUGAUGGCCCUGACGAACCUGGCCUCCCUCUACACCCUGUACACCCACGGGCGGAGGCGCAGCUCUGUGAAGGACGCCCCAGUAAUCAAGAGGAUCCCGGCAGAGAGACGGGCCGCAAAGGUCAUCCUUGCUCUCAUUAUGCUGUUUAUUGUUUCCUGGGGAACCAGCAUCAUCUCCGUCAAUUAUUUCAACUACAAUAGAGGCUCGUCCUCUGAGUUUCUUCUGGUCAUUGCGCGAUUUGCAAACAUUAUUUUCAUCGCCUUUUCACCUGGUGUUCUGGCAAUUGGCCACCGAAGACUGCGCUCUUUCCUCAAAUCACUGCUGAGCCACUGA